AUGUCUGUAGAAGAAGAAGAAGAGAAGAAGAGAAAAGAAACAUCUCCAACUCCGCCUUUUAACGACAUCUCGACUUCAUCUCACUCUCUUAAGCACAUCUCACUCUAUAACUACAACUCUCUACAUCUACUCCAGUCUCCUCCGAUCUGGUUAGUUCUGUUGGCAUCCGGGCCAGAGAAAAAAGUCCUCAGUUACACCGUCUUUGACUCAUCUCACAGGCUUUUCUCAACAUCUCAACAUCUCAGCUCGACUUCAACUUCUUCCCAGCUUCAACUUCUUCUCAACCUCGUCAAUUCCUCUCUACUUCGACUACUUUACAGUCUACAGCAAGAUGUCCCUCCGCGGCCAGCCCCUGCUCUCAUCCCUGCUGCGGCAGCGCUCCACCACCAGCGACAGCUUCGCCAGCAUCACCAGCUUCGUGACGGCGACCUCCAUACGCUUCAAGUCGACCUUCCCGCCGCCCGCCCUGGCUGCUCGCUGCUCGGCCAGGCACGCCCUCUCCAAGAGCAGCAUCAGCCUGGGGAGACUCCCGCUCCAGGCUCAGGCUCAGGCCCAGGCUCCGGCUCUGCCGCUCAAUGGAUACGCCCUCAGAGCUCACCAGCUGCAGGCAAAGUCGGCCUUUUCCACCGCCAGCUCCUCCAAGCUCGUCGACGUCAAGAAAGUCCUCGUCAUCGGCAGCGGAGGGCUCAGCAUCGGCCAGGCCGGCGA